UUCCAAAACCUUCAUUUUUUUCAUUUUUUUUUUUUUUUUUUUUUUUUGCAAAUGGAAUUCUUGCCCUAAUCCUGAGCACCCACAAUUUCAGCUGGGGUCAAGAGGAGGUCCAGGUAUGGAAAAACUGGUCCCAAGUUUGUUCAGGCACACCCACCCCUAACUCACUUGAUUCUGCACUUCCAGUUUCUCAGAGCAUGUUCUAUAUUGGUAAAAUCUUUUUUUUCUUUUUCUUUAAACUCUCCAGAGCAUUUAUUGGUAUCCGGUGCCCUCAAUGCCAGGUCUCAGCCUUGACCUUCGCCGGAACCAAGAAUAAAAUGUGUGUUUUCUUGGAAAUGGAGCCAAGAAUCCGUUUGUAGUUCCAAAUCACCUGCAUUUCUUCCCAUGCCUUCCUCCCCACAUGUAUCUAUUUAACACCAGCCAUGGUAUGAAAGACAAGACCCAGAAGCAUAUAGGAAGUAGAGUGACUGAGAUUGUCCCUACCAUUCGCUCAUGAUGCUGAAACUACUCCUCCUCGCUGUCUUUGUCCUCUGUGGACACUGCUUGGAAGAGUCGCUGGAAGACAAUGGGCGCGUUGUCGGAGGGAGCAAUGCACAGCGUGGUGCAUGGCCAUGGCAGAUUUCCCUCCAGUAUAACUCUGGUGGACAAUGGUAUCACACCUGCGGUGGGACGUUGGUGAGGCAGAACUGGGUGAUGACUGCAGCUCACUGCGUGGACAGAUCCUUGACUUUCCGGGUGGUUGCCGGAGAGUACAACCUGUAUAUGAACGAUGGCAUGGAGCAGUAUUUGAGCGUGCGGAGUAAGGUCAUCCAUCCUCGUUGGAACAGCAACUCUGUUGCUGCUGGCUAUGACAUCGCUCUGCUCCAUCUCUCCCAGAGCGCAUCUCUGAACAGCUACGUGCAGCUGGCCGCACUGCCCAGUUCAGGCCAGAUUCUGCCAAACAACAAUCCUUGCUACAUCUCUGGCUGGGGCAUGACCCAAACUAAUGGGCAGCUGGCUCAAAUCCUGCAGCAAGCUUCGCUUCCCAUCGUGUCCUACAGUAUCUGCUCCAGUUCCAGUUACUGGGGCUCCACGGUCAAGGACACCAUGGUGUGUGCUGGAGGUGACGGUGUGCGCUCUGGGUGCCAGGGUGAUUCUGGGGGCCCUCUGAACUGCCUGGUGAAUGGCAAGUACUACGUCUGUGGAGUGACCAGUUUUGUUUCCUCCUUGGGCUGUAACGUCUACCGGAAGCCCACGGUGUUCACCAGGGUGUCUGCCUACAUUUCCUGGAUCAAUAGCAUAAUUAACUGAACAGGCUGAGAGGAUAGACUCAAGGUCAAAGAACAAUCCCUUUUCCUAAUCGGAAUACACUCUCACGCUGUCCGUCUUCAUCUUCUCUACUGCCCAUCUGCUCAAUUAUCCCAUUUGCUCUGCAGCAUUAUACCUGUA